AUGCCACAAUUGGUUUCAAAAAAUAUGAGAUACUCUGAAUUAAAUGAAAAGUCUACCAUCGGUCGUUCGUGGCGCUUUUACACUGUUGCACUUAUUAUUAGCGGGGUUUUGAUUCUAUUGGCACCCAAGCUUAUAUGGAAGAAUCCUACUGUUCAACUUAUUGCAUGGAAAAAUCGUCUCGUUGGUUACAGUGAACAUAAAGCUGCAUUCAUUGAUUCUUCUGGUUAUUUGCGAUCGAUUUUAUCGCCCAACCUUCGAUGGUGUACUGCUAAUCCAUUUCUAAAACCCUAUAAUCAAAGUGUAGUACUUGCUUUAGAACUUAAAUGGGUUGCAUGGCAACGCAGUCAGCUACUCACUACAUACGAAAUUUUGAAAAACUAUGCACUUCAAAUCGGAGAUUGGGGUGGUGGCAUAGUUCAUCUUGCAUAUCCACCAUCAUUACCGUUGCCGUGUCCUUACAAAAAUAAUCUGACUCGUAUCGGUGGUAUUCAUGACGGUAAUAAGAUAAUAUGUGGAAUUGAAAUUUUCACCCCGCUUACUAAGUGUAUCGUAUAUAGUUUGGUUCACACAUAUGAUUGUACGAGUCCACCACCAGGAGGAAAGACUGAACGAAUGACUUAUCAUCAAAUUUGUUUAGGUGAUACGUCAAAGUUGCAAAAAUUUAUGUAUCCUUACAAUACUCAAAAAGAAAAUAUCACAUUCAAAAAUGAAUCACUUUUUAAACGUUUUCACACAAUAUUGGCCGAAAAUAAACACGACGAAGUUCAUAUUCUUAAGAUGGAUAUCNGAAAAUGA